AUGGCGGAAGCCGUCGGGCUGGUGACUGGAUUGGCCUCCUUAGCUAUCUCUAUUGCUGAGGGAGCCGCGAGGCUGCGUGAUCUCUACAAGGAGUCCAAGACGAUUUCUCAGGAAGUAGAGUCGCUUCUUGAGGACCUCAAGUUCUUGACUUUCCUUGUCAAGAGACUUGAAGGCCUGUCAACUCUAGACGACCACGAUGUUUCUCUCGCUAUAAGUCACUGCCGAAAGACUGUUCAAAAUGUUGCUUCAACCCUCGAGGAGAUGACAGAGACACUCGACGCUGCCGAGAAGAAACCUCGCAAGACGCUCUCCCGAAUGCGAUGGCUUAGCACCAAUAAGAAGGACUUGAAAAAACUUCAGGAUCUCACAGUUGUUGCAAAACUGGACAUACUUUCGAUGUUCAGUUAUCCUCAUCAUAGGCGCAUUCCCACCUCGCCUCCAACUCCCGAGACACAUCAAAGAAUCGGUAAAGAAGAAGAGCAGGAACAGCCCGACCGAUCUCACUCCGAGGAAGUGACGCCACGGCCAAAUACCGCAGUUUCGAACACUCUUGUCGCCGGGCCGGGGCGACCCCGUCAACGACGAACAGAUUGCACCCGCAGAGCUUGCUCAUGUACUUGCCAUAUCAAGGGGCAGAUCACCAGUCGUUUCUGGAAUUUUGAAUACACCCCCUUGUCAUUCAUCCUCAAAGGAUGCUCCAACCCCAAUUGUACUGCCAGUGAGUACGUAUCAGAGCUUCACAUAGCACUUACCCAGCUUGGUUGGCAUCGAGCCAUCACCUUUGGUUUGAGGCUCACUUCCGCCGCUGGGACGUACUCCAUCAGACCUUCACUUCAAAUCAAGGAAGAAGUGGUGAGGUAUACAUCGCGUGGCUUUGAACUGCUUUGGAGAUUGAGAGAGGGGUUUUCCGAUUGGGAGGAGGUGGUACAGGAGUUUCGAGAGAUGUAUCAAGAGGACAAGCGGAUAAUAAGACAUGUCAAUCCUGCAGGGCGUGGUUAUAUCGGGGAACUGUUGUGGUACACACCACAUGUCAGCUGGGGCUCUGCUUUGAGGGUUUUGAAGGUAUUCAUGGCGGAAUUUAAAAUGGAAACAGGCCUAGACGAUAUCAACUUUCUCUAUCGCAUGGCUCGUUGGAUUGGAGAAGGACCUCAUCUUUGGCUAUUCGAGGAGCUCCUCGCCCUUGGCUUUAACUCGUGCAACUUGCCAGCUCCAUCAGCCAAGAUGUGGCCUGAGCCUUGCGAUCCGAACUGGUUUUCUGAAGAAGUUACUCCGGAUCCAUUUUUCCUCGAACUCCUAGCAAUGAUGGUCUCCGUUGAUCCAGACUUCGGAGGUACAACACUACUACAGCGGGAGAUAUUGUGCGGAUCAGCACAUUCCGUCUCGGAGCUCCUCGCUCGUGCUGUUCGGAAUGAUGAAAUUAAUUUCCUCGGCCAGACGGCUUUGCACCUCGCUGUGUUCAAUAUAGAGUGUGCUCCCGCUUUAAUAUCUGCGGGAUACGCCGUGGACGCCACUGACAGAAAUGGCACCACGCCUCUGAUGUAUGCAUGUGCCAUGGGAAACAUCGAUAUGGCCAAGUUGUUGAUAUCAGAGGGAGCAAGCCUGAAAAUCAUCGACAAAUUACGACAUUGGGACUUCCUGGGUUAUACCUUGGCCCGAGGUCAUUACAAACUUGCGAGCGAUCUUGCAUUCUUCAUCCAAGGAAUCUAUCCCGAUAAUGUCAAGUUUAUCGGAGGCUCAUUGGCAAAAAGAAUGGCCCUAUCCAUGUGUUUCAGGCCGAGUUCCAUCCCCAAGGAUUUUCAUUUUGAAGACUUGUUCAAAUUAGACGCCAGACUGGACUUCACAUUCCCCGAUGGGAACGAGAACACAGAUGGAAACAAUAUCAUGCAUUAUUGGCUAGGUCUGUCAAAUGCAAAGACUCUGAUCGCGCACGGGUUUACCGGACUCGACCAAAAGAACAGCGAUGGUAUCACUCCGCUCAUGAAAUGUGCAAGGCCAUGGUUUCUUGAUACAAUGGAUACAUUGAUCGAGCACGGUGCCGACGUCAAUGCACAGGAUCUCUGCGGACGAAUUCCAAUGCACUAUGCAGUCACGAACUGGCCGCCAUCGCGUCCGUACUCGAUGGACGAUACGCACGUAAUCGGCUCUAGGUGUAUAGAGAAGCUUGUCAGAGCAGGAGCGAGGCCCCAUAGUCACGACCUUUGUCGUUGUGCAUGCUCUCCGAAGGGAUGUACACCAGCGAAAGUCCUAGGCGCAUACUUCUGCCACCCCAACGCAUUCUUUUCUUUCCGCCGUCUUGAGGACACUAUCGAGUGGCUUUGCUUACUGGAAGAGAAUGGAGAUGCAAAAGUCAUGAACGCUCAGCUAAUUCAAUUCAUUAGAUGUGCUCAAUUCGACGAAAUGGAAUUGACACAUACGUGCUGCGACGGCGGAACAGGAUAUUGGGCAUCCCAAACGCUUUCAUCAGAAGACAAGGAAGCAGUUGUGUGGGAAGAAUUCGAAGGCAUAGCACAACUAGAGUCCCACAUCUCGAUCCUGGAAAUGAAAUCCUGCAAGGAGCUAAUAGAUGCGUGGCUACAUCAGCUUCGCCGAAGCCAUGAUCAUUACCUCAAACGUAAUAAUUUCCAUCAGUGGGAGGAAAUUCUCCGCAAGGCCACAGUCCACAAAGGUAGACCACAGAUCAAAGAAAGGGAGACGUAUACAAUCGACUCCAAGAAAGACUGCUUUGAGCCACCCCCAACGGUCAUUGCCGAAGAGCAUCAUGACGAUGGCCCCAUCAGACAGAUGGUUACUCUUCUGUGGGCAUUGGAGAAGCACGUUGUAGUUAGAAGAAACGCGAAUGAAGACCCCACUAAGCUCGAAAGGUGGUACAAUCGACGCCUCUCAUGGGUGACUGGAAUCUUGGAUUGCAUGAAUAUAUCCAGAGAUCUCAUUACGAUGAAGUUACGGGAGCGUGGCAUCCACUCUCGGGAAAAGGAUGAUGGACCUUUUGCAGAGACGGUGAUCGAACAUUUUCUGCAAAGCUGUAAGCUAUUUCAUUUGCAUGUUGGGAAUAGCAAUAUAGAGUAG